AUGGAGAGUUCACCUAGUCCACUUAGCGCUGACCCGUGGAAGACUGCCGAUCCAUACUACCCUGCAACAAAAGAAGCGGUACAUGCAGCAGAAAGUGAAGUACAGGCUUCCUUCCGGUUCAUAGUCCGCAGAGAGUCUCAAGCCGAGCCCAGUGCAUCGCAUGUCAUCAAUACAUGGGUCAAUACCUCCUACCUAGUCUUGGCAGUAUGCGUUGCUCUCGCAGAUGAUGGUGUCGAUCAAGAAUGGACUGCAAAGUUUGAGAGAUGGCGACCGAUAUGGGAAAAAGUCCAAGUUGACGUGAAAUACUUUGAAGAAGGUCCUAGCCAAUUCUCUUUAAACAAAUUCUUUUUGAAGAUUCCCGCUCCGCCCAUUUACAGAGUCCUAGUCCAGCAAUUUGAUGGCCCCAAGUUCUUUCCGCUUCGUGCUGCUCACGUUCUUGCACAUUGUACUGGGUGUCGCCGCUGUCAUGGAGAUGGACAUCAUCACGAAGAUAUGUGGGGUCUCUGGCGAUACAUUUACAAAGCGCCUGUGGAUAGGCCGCUUAUUUUCUGUGUCACUUUGCAGAAGAAUGAAAGUGUCAACUCGGUGAGGUUUGAGGAUAAUUCGGAGGUAUCUCUGAGACAAUGGCAGCCCCCAAGAUAA